GGGCUCGGAGUGCGCCUGCGUACUGCGCCCUGCGCCGAGCGAGCCGCAGUCUCUGGAACGCCGAGGUGUUUCGGUCGCCUGCGGCCAGCGUCGCCCGCAAACCCGGGGUUGUUGGGCUGCAUCCCGAGCGGGGACGUUGGCGGAGCACGGGGCGCGGCCACCAUGCCGAUCAAUAAAUCUGAGAAGCCCGAAAGCUGCGAUAAUGUGAAGGUUGUUGUGAGGUGCCGGCCCCUCAAUGAAAGAGAGAAAUCAAUGUGCUAUAGACAGGCCGUCAGCGUGGAUGAGAUGAGGGGUACCAUCACUGUCCAUAAGACCGAUUCUUCCAACGAACCUCCGAAGACAUUUACUUUUGAUACUGUUUUUGGACCAGAAAGUAAACAGCUUGAUGUAUAUAACUUAACUGCAAGACCUAUUAUUGAUUCUGUUCUGGAAGGCUACAAUGGGACCAUUUUUGCAUAUGGACAGACGGGGACAGGCAAGACUUUCACCAUGGAAGGUGUUCGCUCAGUGCCGGGGCUCAGAGGGGUCAUCCCCAACUCAUUUGCCCACAUAUUUGGUCACAUCGCGAAAGCAGAGGGUGACACAAGGUUUUUGGUUCGAGUGUCAUACUUAGAGAUAUAUAAUGAAGAAGUUCGGGACCUUUUAGGCAAGGAUCAGACUCAGAGGCUGGAGGUUAAAGAAAGGCCUGAUGUGGGAGUGUAUAUCAAAGAUCUAUCAGCUUAUGUGGUCAAUAAUGCUGACGAUAUGGAUAGAAUCAUGACUCUGGGCCACAAAAACCGUUCUGUUGGUGCGACCAAUAUGAAUGAGCACAGUUCCCGAUCCCAUGCCAUCUUUACAAUCACUAUAGAAUGCAGUGAGAAAGGCGUUGAUGGAAAUAUGCAUGUCAGGAUGGGGAAACUCCACCUCGUGGAUCUUGCUGGGUCAGAAAGACAGGCAAAAACUGGAGCCACGGGACAGCGCCUCAAGGAAGCGACAAAAAUCAACCUUUCGCUCUCCACCCUGGGCAAUGUCAUUUCUGCCUUGGUGGAUGGAAAAAGCACUCAUGUGCCUUAUCGGAACUCUAAACUGACGCGUCUUCUGCAGGAUUCCUUAGGAGGGAACUCAAAAACCAUGAUGUGUGCAAAUAUUGGGCCAGCAGAUUAUAAUUAUGAUGAAACCAUCAGUACCUUGCGGUACGCCAACCGCGCCAAAAACAUUAAAAACAAAGCCAGAAUCAAUGAAGACCCAAAGGAUGCUCUGCUUCGCCAGUUUCAGAAAGAAAUAGAAGAGCUGAAGAAAAAGCUUGAGGAAGGGGAAGAAGUAUCAGGCUCUGACAUCAGUGGGUCAGAGGAGGAUGACAAUGAGGAGGGGGAACUUGGAGAAGAUGGUGAAAAAAGGAAAAAGAGAAGGGGCAGUAGCAGCAGCAGUAGCUCAGACUCCACAUGUUCUGUCAUAGAGAAGCCUCUGGAUGAGUCCCUGCCUCACCAAGCAGGUAAAAAGAAAGUUUCCCCAGAUAAGAUGGUGGAAAUGCAAGCGAAAAUUGAUGAGGAGAGAAAAGCACUGGAAACAAAACUUGACAUGGAAGAAGAAGAAAGAAACAAGGCUAGAGCUGAACUCGAGAGACGGGAGAAAGACCUUCUGAAAGCCCAACAAGAGCAUCAGUCUUUGCUAGAAAAACUGUCUGCUUUGGAGAAGAAGGUAAUUGUCGGUGGUGUGGACUUGCUGGCCAAAGCUGAAGAGCAAGAGAAGCUUCUUGAGGAGUCCAAUAUGGAACUGGAAGAGAGGAGGAAAAGAGCUGAGCAACUUCGGAAAGAACUGGAGGAAAAAGAGCAAGAACGCUUGGACAUUGAGGAGAAAUACACCAGUCUGCAAGAGGAGGCGCAGGGGAAGACCAAGAAGUUGAAGAAAGUCUGGACCAUGUUAAUGGCUGCAAAGUCAGAGAUGGCUGAUCUCCAGCAGGAGCAUCAGAGGGAGAUUGAAGGCCUCCUGGAGAACAUUCGGCAGCUCAGCCGUGAGCUUCGGCUUCAGAUGCUCAUUAUCGAUAACUUCAUACCUCAGGAUUACCAGGAAAUGAUUGAAAACUACGUGCAUUGGAAUGAAGACAUUGGAGAGUGGCAGCUGAAAUGUGUGGCCUACACGGGAAAUAACAUGAGGAAACAAACUCCAGUGCCCGACAAGAAGGAGAGAGAUCCCUUUGAGGUAGACCUUUCCCACGUGUACCUCGCCUAUACAGAGGAGAGUCUGCGUCAGUCUCUGAUGAAGUUAGAGAGACCACGGACUUCCAAGGGAAAAGCAAGGCCAAAGACAGGGCGAAGAAAGCGUUCUGCAAAACCUGAGACCGUAAUAGAUUCUUUACUUCAGUAAAUGUUACAGAAUUAAAGUUACAAUAAAAAAGAGUGAUAUUCCCAUGCCUGGACAGAAAUCCUUAAUUAAGACACUGAAGACGUCUGUAUAAUUCAUGUUCGGAAGCUGUAAAUCAUGGAGUGAGACUGGAAACUGCAGUUUUCCUAGUAUCUUUUAGACUCUAAGUUCCUGUAAUGUGAGUGUGCACACAUGGCUCGUGGUCGUUGGGGACACCGUGCCGUGUCACCCUGCUCUGUAGGAAGUAAGGGCUCGGUUCCUGCCGGGUGUUGUGGUUGUCCGUGAAUGUGCGUCUCUUAGCCCCGUAUUCAGCUCCUCUGUAUCUAGGUAAGCAGAAUCUCAGACUAGAGCAAAGUCUGUCUGUCCACACACAGCGUGUAGAAGAUCGCUCGCCUUGUCCUGGGUCCUGUGUCAAUAUCUAAGCCGUGACCUGCGCCUGACCCUGACUGCCCUGUCUGAAUGCAGUCCGGCAGUAUACUAAGGCUCAUUGCAUCUGAGUCUGAGAUGCCUGACUUUGGUGAGCUCCUGUAGACAGUUGUCUCACUUGACAGCUUUGCAGGUUUCCAUUUUAAAGUCGCAGUCUGCACACGUGCUUCGUCUGGGCACCUCUGGUCUCUGUCACUCUGACUCCACCCUCAGCCUUUGUCAUUACUGAUUCGGCUUCUCCAUGCCUCCCAAAGCCAGCACCGGCCACUUACCUUGCUCACACACAUUUUUAAAAAUGCUCUUGGAUAAGCCGGAUGCAGGGGCGCACGCCUGUGAUCCCAGCACUCGGGAGGCGGAGGCAGGUGGAUCUGUGAGCUUGAGGCCAGCCUGGGCUACAAAGCGAGUCCAGAACACACAGGGCUACACAGAGAAACCCUGUCUCAACCCCUCCUCUCAAAAAAAAUACUCUUGGACAUACGGCUUACAAACACUCCCUUGUCUGAAUGUUAAGUUCAAUGGAAACAACUGUAUACAAAUUGAAACCCGUCUCAUUUUUCAGGAAAAUGAAGCAGAGCCAGAAAAAUAUCUUGUAAUCUUCUCUGAAUUUCACAUUAAUUAAGCCAGUUAGACCAUAUUCCUCUCCAGAAACAUUAUAUUAUAUUAAUUCUAUAGUAUGAUAAAUUAAAAUAAAUAGGUUUUUGGUUUUGUUGUCUACUUACAAAAAAAAUUUUGACUGCUCUAUAUGCUUCUGAAACUUGCCAUGCUUUCUACAUUUGAAAUUAUACAAUCAACUCUGAGCUGUUUAUUGCAGAAGUUUUGAGAUUUCGCAAGUUAGGAUUAAUUAGAUCGCUAUGAUAUUUUAACAAGCUUGGAUAAAUACUGGUUUAGAAUUGCAGAACUGUCUUAGGCUGUGGAUAGCUGAGUAGAGGCACAGCCCUGGUGAGAGGCAGUACAUUUCUGGGUUUUCCAGAAUUGGAGUGCCGAGUGUCCUGUCUCUGCAGGGUGCUGAUGUAAGCAUGGCCAGCAUCUUCAAGGUAGUGAGUGUGGCUUGGGGACUGUGAUUUUGAUGAGCUAAGUGGGUGUCUUGCAAAGACUCAUGUGAGCAUCUUGGGGAUGUGAAAUUUCUCCAUGACGUAAAUUUAACUGUUAGUAAUUAUAGAAUCUUAAUUUUACCAGUAAGAAAAAUAAUCUGUAUUUUUUCAUUUUAAACAGUUCAUGUUUCUAUCAUUUGACAGUUCAUUUGGCCUGGAAGGAAUAUCUGCUUUUAAUUAAGAUAAAACUUAAGAGAAAUUGAAAUAGAUAGUUAAAGCCUAUCACAGUAACAAAAGUAACUCGAUAAAACUGAAAAUAUUAGAAAUCUCUCUAAGCAGCUUGACUUAGUAGUUUUGUUUGCUUGCUUGUGUGUUGUUCUGAGACAGGGUCUCUCUGUGUCACCCCAGGCCAGCCUAGGCCUCAUGAUCCUCCUGCCUCAGCCUCCCGGGUGCUGAGAUGGCAGGUGCAUGUUCUCAGGCCAAGCAGGUGUUUCUUAAAGCGUUUGUGUUAAAACUCUGAUCAGGUGGACAUUGCUCAGUUUAUGAAAACCAGGUUGGAAGAUGCACUUGAAGAUGGCAGGACACCCACUUCUGUUACAGCAGUGCUGUGGCCACAUCUCAUUUACUGUGUUUUUGUUCACAAAUGGAAUUGUUUGUAUUUUCAGUGUUAAUUUCUUAAGUGGAUAUAGUUGAAGAACAAACUUGUUCAAUGUUUAAAAUAAAUGUACAGAUUUAAAUGAGUGGAACAGGUCUAUAAAUAGGUUGUCGAUGAGUAUCCUUUUUUUCCCUUAAUUUAAAAAGUCGUAUUUAUUUAUUUGAGAGGAGCUGUAACAGGAGGUUAUGGCUGGCUCUGCAGGCAUGCUCCAGCAGCCAGGCUCUCCACUCAGUGUUGCAAGAUGGCCGUCAGGCUCAGCUGAGGGGAUGCUCUGCAGCCAGUGUUUACAGAACCCCCUGGCAAGCUGUCUCAUUUAUAUUCUGGAAAAGGUGACUUUCUAAUUUAUGUUUUCUGGACACUGGAACAUCAUGGUUAUUUUGAAAGGAGGGGGGAAAGUGUUACUUCAUCUUCAAUAUGUUUUAAAGUUAGGAUUUUAGUUUCAGCGUUUUAAUCCAUUUUAGGGGUGUGUGUCCUAUCCCCCCUUUUCUCUUUUAACUUUUGUUUUUCGAGACUGGGUUUCUCUGUGUAGCCUUGGUUCUCCUGGACUCACUUUUUAGACCAGGCUGGCCUCGAGCUCACAGAGAUCCGCCUGCCUCUGCCUCCCUGAGUGCUGGGAUUAUAGGCUCACAGCUUUCUCUUUUAACAUACAGGACACCCUCUUUCCUGUAGAGCUGUGAAUUGAGGAAUGGGCGGAGUUUACAUUGACACAUACCUGUGUCUGCCCAGUGUCUCCCCUCCCCCGCCGCCAUCCAUUUUGAGAUAGAGUCCCAUGUAGUCCGAGCUGGCCAUAAGCCCUCUCUGUAGCCCAGGUUGGCCUUAAACUCCUGAUCCUCCUACCUCCACCUCAUGACUACUGGGAUUACACUUACGCACCACUCUUCCCAGGUUCUCCUCCACCCCACUUUUUAAUUUAUGUAAUUUUUUUUUUUCUUAAAAUAUUAGGAAACAACAUCCUUCCUAGUGCCUUUGAGCUGACCCUGCCGUUUGACCAUUAGAAUCAGUGAGAACCUGAAUAGCAUUACUCUAUUGCUGUUACUGACCAGGAUACAAACUCUACAGUAAGUUUGCUGUGUUAAUUAAAAACCCACACUUGAGUUGUAUUUUAUGUAUAAAUUGUACUUGUUCAAGCUGUAUAUAUAUAUAUACAUAUACAUAUCAAUGUUGUGUGUACAUGCAGCAUGGUAAGAUGAGAAAUAAAAUGCCUCCCCAAUGCC